AUGUAUGCGCACAAUUCGGAAGAGAUCGCGGUACAUAAUACACAUGUUGAUUGUUGGGUCUCGUAUAAUGGUGGAGUAUAUGAUUUGACUGAUCUUUGUAAAAUUUGGGCUGAGAGAAAAGAAAUCCAGCCAAUAUUGGCUCACGCUGGUAAGGAUAUAAGUCACUGGUUUGAUCAUGAGAAAAAUGAUAUAAAAUAUUACGUACAUCCCGUUACUGGAGUCAAAGUGCCUUAUUGUCCCCAUGGACCGAUACCGGAUGUAGUACCUCACGUGGUACCUACGACUACUUGGCGGCCAUUUUACAAAUGUCCUUGGUGGCUCGAUGGAAAGUAUCGAAAGGGAUACUUAACCAAAAACGCACGACCAUGUAGAAUUUUAAACGUGCUCACUGGAACGCAAUUUGUUAUAAUGGUUUGUGAAGAAGAUUCCAUCAAACGUAUUCAAAAGCGCAGCCUUAUUUACAAUGCAAACGGAAAGUCUUAUACAUGGAAAUUCGAAGGAAAAAAUUUGAAUCUUGAUUUGACCUUAACAGAAAAUGGCAUUCCAGACGAACGUGAUCGUUUUGUUGCUUGUAGACUUCCUGAAGAUUACUAUAUUCCAUGUCUUAUGUGUUAUUACAAUGACGAAUGUUCUUGUGGCAUAGAAUAA